AUGGAGAAUUCCCAGGCUGUCGCAGCCGGUCUGCUUACAGCUGUGCUCUCGUUGCCCUCGGUCGUCGCCUCGCCCGUUGUGAAUCACAGGAUGGCCAUGUCCACGUUGGCCCCGGGAUACGAUGACGGAGGAGGAGGAGGGGAUGGCGGCCUGCACGAGUGGUCAUCACUGAUUGGGAUUGUGACCGCGCUGGUUGGGAACGUCUUCAUCUCCCUCGCGUUGAACAUCCAGCGCUACGCCCAUAUCCAGAUCGAGCGGGAAUACGAGCGGGAGAAGCUGCGAGCCGGAGGCUGGAGACGCGGGACGCGCGCUGCCUCACACCGAGAAGGGGACUUGCAGCAUUCAUACGGGAGUCUGCCCGAGUCACAGCGAGGCCGUAUGGCCGGCAGUCCGAUCGAACGAUACCGAGACGAAUCGCCGGAGUCGCCGGACUCGCCGCUACCGUACGCCCAGCGAUACCGUGAUCACCACGACGGUCACUACGACGAUGAUGAAUACCACGGCGAGGACGACGAUCAUGAGGGACUACAACAUUCCUUUGUAUCGAACCAAACGCUGCACCUGGGAGACAAACAGUCCGGGCAGCCCGGACACCGCAAAUCGUACCUCCGCUCGCCUUACUGGUGGUCUGGAAUCGUUCUCAUGUGUCUUGGCGAGGCAGGCAACUUCAUGGCCUACGGAUUCGCCCCGGCGUCUAUCGUCUCCCCGCUUGGAGUCGUGGCCUUGAUCUCCAACUGCGUCAUUGCUCCCAUCAUGCUCAAGGAGAAAUUCCGCAAGCGCGACUUCUGGGGCGUACUGGUCUCAAUUGCAGGCGCUGUAGUCGUCGUCCUCAGCGCCAAGUCGUCCGAGGAGAAGAUCGGGCCGCACGAAAUCUGGACUAUGAUUACACGCUGGGAGUUUGAGCUGUAUGUAGGCCUUACAGCCGCGCUCAUUUGCGGUCUCAUGUGGACCAGCGCCAAAUAUGGACCCCGGUCGAUUCUCAUUGACGUCGGACUGGUAGCUCUUUUCGGCGGGUAUACGGCCCUAUCAACGAAAGGCAUCUCCUCGCUGCUCUCCUUUACGCUAUGGCACGUCAUAACCUUCCCCGUCACCUAUCUCCUCGUCUUUAUACUAGUCUCGAGUGCUUUGAUGCAAAUUCACUACAUCAACCGCGCAUUGCAGCGUUUUGAUUCGACUCAGGUCAUCCCCACUCAGUUUGUGCUUUUCACCCUCUCGGUGAUCAUCGGGAGUGCCGUGCUGUAUCGGGAUUUCGAGUCUUUCACGCUAGAGAGGGCGAGCAAGUUCAUCGGUGGGUGCUUGAUGACCUUUCUCGGGGUGUAUUUCAUUACAAGUGGCAGAGUCCAUGCGGACGACGCAUCGUCCCUUUCUAUCGACGAUGAGGAAGGAUCCAUCGGUCUGCUGGGCGCAGAACGCUACCGCGACAGAGUUGAUAUAUCGCCGCCAGGCCAGCCCGCUGAUCAAGUGACCAAACCCGCCCACAAGGAGCACGAACCCGACCGGAGUCUACAGUCGCCAUCCGGGUCCCUUCUCAGUCACGGUAUCGACGACCUCGAUGACGACCAGUCCACCCCUCGCGGGGUGCUGUCCCCUUCGUCUCCCGGUGGAUCAUUGGCCGCUGACUCCCUGGUUGAGGCGACAUCGCCAGAGACCCCCUCGCCCUUCCAGUCCAACUCCCUGAUCACAAACCCCUGGGCGGAAACCCCUACCCCGUUAUUCCAAGCCACCACGUCCGAACCGCAUAUUCAGCACCUUGAUACUCCUCCCGUGGAGACCACGGCCAGCCAGACCCCUCCGCUCUCGACAGUUACCCUUCGCUUCCCCGUUGCGCCUGGGAUUGGCGACUCGCUGCUCCCCUCGAACAGCCGCCCAACAGAUGCCACCGCACCGGUUGGGAUCGAGACCACCUUGGUCGCUGUGGACCGCAGCCACAAUCAUCAUCGCACGCUUUCGGUGCCCCAGACCCCCCCGGCAGCCGGCCUACGCAACUCGAUCGCCAUGCGGUUCUCACCUGGCCCGUUGCUCCCGGCCCUGUCCGGCGGAUUCAGUGCAGUGGUCGCCGAAACGCUCCGGCGCGGGGAAGCCAGCCCGGUCAAGGAGCGCAAACACAAACGCAAAGACAGCAGACGCAAACGAUCCAACUCCCUCGCCGUUGACGGACUGCUCCGUGACCACUCCCACCCGGAUGGCGAUGUCCGUGAAACCGAGGAUGAGGCCGAGACAAGCGUCGACGACGCCAGUCAUGCGCGCGCCCAGUUGGCGACGGCCCGGCUUCGGUCCACGGGGGAUAUCUCCACGGCCACGGCUCCGGCGACGCCGCCGAUGAAACCGUACGGAUCAUUGAAACGAACCAACGAUAACAAUAACAAUACUGGCGCCAAGACUUCAGCAGACGAGGGCACGCUAACCCGCCUACGAAGCCUCAGCGACUCGCUGAACGGCGGACUCGCCUGGCUGGGCGGUAGUUUACGUCGACCCCCGUAUUCACGACAGCGACAGUCUGUGACUCAGAAUCAGAGUGAGCGGGAAGGAACAAACACCACGGGGCCCGAUGAACGGGGGGGGCGUGAGAAUGGCGAGAACGAACCGGAGCAGACAUAG